AUGUUCGCAUUGAUUUAUAAUGCUAUUGUAUCGCCAGCUUUCAACGUUAAAGAUCCACCAGUGAUGGUUGCUGAUUUCGCGAUGUGUGAUAUUCGUUUCUGGCUUGUUGUUAUUCUGUCGACUGCUAUUGCCCUCUCGCCAAGAUUAGUUGUAAGUGUGCUCAUCAAUACGUUUCAUCCAUCGGCUGUACUUCGAGAACGAAUGCAACAGAACGCUCGUAAAUGUGCUGAAAACAACACCACAUCAAUACCGGUGCGAGUGCGAUGGGUGAUAGUCGGCAAUAGAGAAAGCGAUGUGGCCGAUGAAAGAAAUGCCUCAACAACACCAGUAUGA